GACAACAGGAAGGACAAGCCCAACAGCAUUUACUUUUUGGAAACUUUUACCUACAAACGCAAACCGCCCUUAAAUACGAAUGAGUAAACGCUUAUCUAGAUAGUCGAUUGAUGUAUCAACCUGCAAUAUUAUUUCAUUGUGUUAGAUAUCGAGAAAACUCUAAAGGUUCAGGCAGCAUGGAUAAUCAGCUUUGUUUGUUUACAUGGUGAAACAGCUGAUAAGCUAACGUUAGCGACCUAGCGUUGUAAAAUCGAGUCAUAUGAGCUGUUAAUUAUCAAACAGCUUUGUCCUCAUGAAUGAAACUUAACAUUAGUGGAAGAGGUAACAUACAUGUGCAGUAGAGGGGGCUUGUUUUAGGUCGCAGUGAGUCGUUAAAAGUCUAACAAUGCGAAGCUAACGUUACAUGUGUCGAGCGUUAGCAACGUUUUCUAGACGAAUUGUCAAGUUGUUUUGUCGCUGAGCCUGAGGCCAGUUUCAAAGGCCUUGCAGCGUCUCUUCAUGUCAAGAUGCCUUGUUCCUGUGGGAAUUGGAGAAGAUGGAUUCGGCCGCUGGUCGUUGUGCUGUAUAUUUUGUUGCUAUUAGUCGUCCUGCCCCUGUGCAUCUGGGAAUUGCAGAAGUCAGCGGUUGGCACGCAUAAUAAGGCAUGGUUCAUUGCUGGGAUAUUUGUUUUCAUGACCAUACCAAUAUCAUUAUGGGGCAUUCUCCAGCAUCUGGUUCACUACACUCAGCCAGAGCUUCAGAAACCUAUCAUCAGGAUAUUAUGGAUGGUCCCAAUCUACAGCUUGGAUAGUUGGAUUGCACUGAAAUACCCCAGAAUAGCAAUUUACGUGGACACAUGCAGAGAGUGCUACGAGGCCUACGUCAUCUACAACUUCAUGACCUUCUUGCUUAACUACCUGGAAAAUCAGUACCCCAGCCUGGUGAUGAUGCUGGAGGUUCAGGAGCAGCAGAAACACCUGCCACCUCUCUGCUGCUGCCCGCCAUGGCCAAUGGGAGAGGUUUUACUGUUGAGAUGCAAAUUGGGAGUGUUGCAGUACACAGUUGUAAGACCCGUCACAACAGUGAUUGCUUUGAUCUGUCAGCUGUGUGGAGUAUAUGAUGAAGGAAAUUUCAGUUCAACAAAUGCAUGGACGUACCUGGUCAUCUUUAACAAUAUGUCACAGCUGUUUGCCAUGUACUGCCUGGUGCUGUUCUACAGGGCCCUGAGAGAGGAGCUGAGUCCAAUCAAACCAGUGGGCAAAUUCCUUUGUGUCAAAAUGGUUGUGUUCGUCUCUUUCUGGCAAGCUGUGUUCAUUGCUCUACUGGUGAAAGUGGGAAUUAUCUCAGAGAAACGUACAUGGGACUGGCAAAGUGUGGAGGCUGUUGCUACUGGCUUACAGGAUUUCAUCAUAUGUGUGGAGAUGUUUCUGGCAGCCAUUGCCCAUCACUUCAGCUUCACCUACAAGCCUUACAUCCAGGAGGCUGAGGAGGGUUCUUGCUUUGACUCUUUCAUGGCAAUGUGGGACAUCUCUGAUGUCAGAGCAGACAUUUCUGAACAAGUCCGCAAUGUUGGGAGAACAGUAAUGGGUCGUCCAAGGAAGUCUUACUUUGGCGAGGCGCAGAAUGAUGGUGAGCGAUCUGGUUUGCUCUCAUCGAGCUCCCAUGAUGCCAUCACCGAGGCGGCAUCCAACCCAGUAUCACCCAAUGGCCAGUACCAGGGCCUGGGGAGAACCCUCACACACCACUCUUUGUCAGCUCCUGCCGGGUUCAGCUCAGCCCCUUGGGAUGAAGGAUAUGAGGCCAGACCUGAAGAAGCCCAGGAAGAAGAAAGGACCAACCAAACCAAAGAACCAACAGAGGCAGAUCUCAUCGUGAUCACCUAGCCUUUCAUUAAGGCUGAUGUCACCAACAGACUCUACCAUACAUGGUUGGGCAGGACCCAAUUACAGCCUUGCCCAUAUCCUUCAGACAUUACUUUACGGAUGCAACAUUAAACAAAACUGUUGUUUUAAAAGGGCACAGCCACCAAGUAAUUGUAGACAUUUGCUGACAAAGGCAAAAGCAGAUGGACCUCUGCCGGUGACAGCUCCAAGAAUGUUCGGUGAAGUUAUGGCUACGUGACUAAAAGAUUAGUAUAUAACAAACAGUUUUUGGAAGUUUUGUUGUAGGGAGUUAUGUUACUCAGCAAGUAUAUGCCAGAAUGGCUUUUAUCCACUAAUUGGGAAUAACUGACAGUCAGUUUUAAUGUGUGUCCCAAAGAGCACACCUUUCUUCAAAGAACCCAGUGUUUGUGUCGUCAUGUUUCUUAAGAUGAGUCUACCUGAAACCUUCUGGUGUCUGAGUGAAGCAUGAAGAUGUAUGCUUUCCAAGUAGAAAAUGAUUUCACAAUUUUAUCAUAUCACAAUCUCAAAUGUGACGGAUGAUAAAAAGAUAUAUGCAACUUUUGAAAUACAAAUGUUAUCUUCAUAUUGUAUCUUGCUUUAUAGUGAUUUCUUAAGACAUAGAUUGACGUUAGUAAAUAUGAAUGAAAAUCUACCAUACUAAAGCACAUUAGACUGGUCCUAACCAGUAGAAGAUAUGUAUCCCUGCGGGAAGGGAUUAAAAGAGCAGAAGCAACAAUUUGUCGGGAUGCACAGUUAAGACUAAAUUUAUUCAGUGGAAAAAUAAACUUGUGAGAAGUAUUUUAGAUCUAAUACCUGCUGAAAGAUGUGUGACAUCAUUACAGUGUCACUGUUAAUACAAUGUAUUUCCGAAGGGUUUGAGCAGAUAGUGUAAGUAAGGUCCAAGUAUUAAAACAACCUACCACAAUUCAGUCUGAAACUGUACAAUCAGCACAUUCUUGUAAAUUCCUAUCAGUGCUUUACUGCAUAUAGCUCACUCUAUAGUGUUUAUUAGAAAUGUAAUCACUAGUUUUCUCAGAUGCCUUGUUCUACGUGCCAUGGAACUAGUCUGUACACUACAUCAGUUUAGCAUUUAUACUCUAGCAUCAGUUUUAUUUGAUAAGUUUUCCAUCCUUUUUAGCCUUUAAGCUGAAAUAACUUUGCAGCUAAGCACCUAAGCCAUUUCUUUCUCCCAUAGAUUUUCUGAGCUUAUUUGUCAUAUGUGCAGGGAUAUUGACAUGUUUAAUGUACAUUGUAGGAUAUCAGGUUGAUUCAGUGAAUACAUAAAUGUAUCAUAUCAAGAUAAUCUGCAUCAUGUCCAGCCCGAACAUGCUGCAUUGCCUUACGUGAUUUUAUUUUAUUUUUUAAAUACAACUGACAGGUUUACAUCAGCUGAUGUAAUUUUUCCAUGUUUUAAUUUAAACCAUCUGACAGUCUCCUCAAUAAAUCAGAUUAACUACA